CCCCAGUAACAAGUGAGAGCAGAGUGCUCCGCCCGGCAUUCCCCUGCCUCUGUCCCCUUUCCGUUUCCCCAGCUCUCAGAAGCCAAAGGAACAGCAUCACCAGCGUGAAUUUUUCUCUCCAACUUUAUCCAACCGACUACAAGGAAGAAGCUUCAGCGUUCUAACGCAUGGCCAGCCACGGGAUUGCUUUGCGUCUCCUCUCUAGCCCUCCUGGAUAUUCCCUUCAUUGAUGCCUCACAAGCCCCGCGGAGAGCUGUCUCCCCUUCCCUUGCUCUCUUCGUUUCCUUGAGUUAGUUGUCCAAGGUGCUAUCGGGGUUCGGGAGCUCUUGGACCGAAUGGAACUUUUUGCUGCCUCUUCUUGCUGCUGAUUGUGUCUCUGGACAAGGAAAAAAGGCUUCGCAGGCAGAAGAGGCGCAGGGGAGGUGGAGAAAGAGGUGGAGGAAGAGGACGAGGAGGAGGAGGAGGAGGAGGAAGCCGAAGGGGCUCGGUGCGGGUGUGUGCAUGUGUGCAUGUGUGUGUGAGUGCAUGCGUGUGAGUGCCACCGCUGCCCAGGACCCCCGGCCCCGAAGGUGUUGGCUGAAAUAUGGAGAAUAGUCUUGGAUGUGUUUGGGUACCCAAGCUGGCUUUUGUACUCUUCGGAGCUUCCUUGCUCAGCGCGCAUCUUCAAGUCACUGGUUUUCAAAUCAAACCUUUCACGUCUCUUCGUUUUGUGUCUGAACCUUCUGAUGCUGUCACAAUGCGGGGUGGGAAUGUCCUGCUCAACUGCUCCGCAGAGUCCGACCGAGGAGUUCCCGUCAUUAAGUGGAGGAAAGAUGGCCUCAUUCUAGCCUUGGGCAUGGAUGACAGGAAGCAGCAACUCCCCAAUGGGUCUCUGUUGAUCCAGAACAUACUUCAUUCAAGGCACCAUAAGCCAGACGAAGGACUUUACCAGUGUGAGGCAUCCUUGGGAGAUGCUGGCUCAAUUAUUAGCCGUAUAGCGAAAGUUGCUGUAGCAGGACCACUGAGGUUCCUUUCCCAGACAGAAUCAAUCACAGCCUUCGUGGGAGAUACAGUGUUACUCAAGUGUGAAGUCAUUGGGGAACCCAUGCCAACAAUACACUGGCAGAAAAAUCAACAAGACCUCAUUCCAGUUCCAGGAGACUCUCGUGUGGUGGUCUUGCCCUCUGGAGCAUUGCAGAUCAGCCGACUCCAGGCAGGGGACAUUGGAGUCUAUCGAUGCUCAGCUCGGAACCCAGCCAGCAUAAGAACAGGAAAUGAAGCAGAAGUUAGAAUUUUAUCAGAUCCAGGGCUGCACAGACAACUAUAUUUUCUGCAAAGACCGUCCAAUGUAGUAGCCAUUGAAGGAAAAGAUGCUGUCCUGGAGUGUUGUGUUUCUGGCUACCCUCCGCCAAGUUUCACCUGGUUACGGGGCGAGGAGGUUAUCCAAUUGAGGUCUAAAAAGUAUUCAUUGUUGGGUGGAAGCAAUUUGCACAUCUCUAAUGUGACAGAUGACGACAGUGGAACCUAUACUUGUGUUGUCACAUACAAGAAUGAGAAUAUUAGUGCCUCUGCAGAGCUCACAGUUUUGGUUCCACCAUGGUUUUUAAAUCACCCUUCCAACCUCUAUGCCUAUGAAAGCAUGGAUAUUGAGUUUGAAUGUGCAGUUUCUGGGAAGCCUGUGCCCACAGUGAAUUGGAUGAAGAAUGGAGAUGUGGUCAUUCCUAGUGAUUAUUUUCAGAUAGUGGGAGGAAGUAACUUAAGGAUCCUUGGGGUGGUGAAGUCAGAUGAAGGCUUUUAUCAGUGUGUGGCUGAAAACGAGGCUGGCAAUGCCCAAAGUAGUGCCCAGCUGAUUGUCCCCAAACCUGCCAUCCCAAGCUCCAGUAUCCUUCCUUCUGCUCCCAGAGAUGUGGUCCCUGUCUUGGUUUCUAGUCGCUUUGUCCGUCUGAGUUGGCGUCCACCUGCAGAAACAAAAGGAAACAUUCAAACCUUCACAGUCUUUUUCUCCAGAGAGGGUGACAACAGGGAGCGAGCUUUGAACACAACCCAGCCCGGGUCCCUUCAGCUUACUGUGGGGAACUUGAAACCAGCAGCCAUGUACACCUUCAGAGUUGUUGCCUACAACGAGUGGGGACCGGGGGAGAGUUCUCAACCCAUCAAGGUGGCCACUCAGCCUGAGUUGCAAGUUCCAGGGCCUGUAGAAAACCUGCAUGCUGUAUCUACCUCACCUACCUCAAUUCUUAUUACAUGGGAACCCCCUGCCUAUGCAAAUGGUCCAGUCCAAGGCUAUAGAUUGUUCUGCACUGAGGUGUCCACAGGGAAAGAACAGAAUAUAGAGGUUGAUGGACUAUCUUAUAAACUGGAAGGCCUGAAAAAAUUCACGGAAUAUAGUCUCCGGUUCUUAGCUUAUAACCGUUAUGGGCCAGGAGUAUCUACCGACGAUGUCACAGUGGUUACACUUUCAGAUGUGCCCGGCGCUCCACCCCAGAACAUCUCACUGGAAGUGGUUAAUUCAAGGAGUAUCAAAGUAAGCUGGCUUCCUCCCCCAUCAGGAACACAAAAUGGAUUUAUUACUGGUUAUAAAAUUCGACACAGAAAGACCACCCGCCGGGGUGAGAUGGAAACAUUGGAACCAAAUAACCUCUGGUACCUGUUCACAGGAUUGGAGAAAGGGAGUCAGUACAGUUUCCAAGUGGCGGCCAUGACUGUCAAUGGCACUGGACCACCUUCCAACUGGUACACAGCGGAGACCCCAGAGAAUGACCUAGAUGAGUCUCAAGUUCCCGACCAGCCAAGCUCCCUUCAUGUGCGACCCCAGACAAAUUGCAUCAUCAUGAGUUGGACUCCUCCUCUCAACCCAAACAUUGUGGUGCGAGGUUAUAUUAUUGGAUACGGCGUCGGCAGUCCUUAUGCUGAGACAGUGCGUGUGGACAGUAAGCAGCGGUACUACUCCAUCGAGAGAUUAGAGUCAAGUUCUCAUUAUGUAAUCUCCUUAAAAGCUUUCAACAAUGCAGGAGAAGGUGUCCCUCUUUAUGAAAGUGCCACAACACGCUCCAUAACAGAUCCCACUGACCCCGUUGACUAUUAUCCUUUGCUUGAUGAUUUCCCCACCUCGGGCCCAGAUGUCUCCACCCCCAUGCUCCCACCAGUAGGUGUACAGGCUGUGGCUCUUACCCAUGAGGCUGUGAGGGUCAGCUGGGCAGACAACUCUGUCCCGAAGAACCAAAAAACAUCCGACGUGCGGCUUUACACUGUCCGGUGGAGGACCAGCUUUUCUACCAGUGCCAAGUACAAGUCAGAAGACACAGCCUCUCUCAGCUACACAGCAACGGGCCUCAAGCCUAACACAAUGUAUGAGUUCUCGGUCAUGGUGACGAAGAACAGAAGGUCUAGCACAUGGAGUAUGACAGCACACGCCACCACCUACGAGGCUGCCCCGACUUCUGCUCCCAAGGAUUUGACAGUCAUUACUCGAGAAGGGAAGCCUCGAGCUGUCAUUGUGAGCUGGCAGCCUCCCUUGGAAGCCAAUGGGAAGAUCACUGCUUACAUCUUGUUUUAUACCUUGGACAAGAAUAUACCAAUAGACGACUGGAUUAUGGAGACUAUAAGCGGUGAUCGGCUGACCCAUCAGAUCAUGGAUCUCAACCUUGACACCAUGUACUACUUUCGAAUUCAAGCACGGAAUGCGAAAGGCGUGGGGCCCCUCUCUGAUCCUAUCCUCUUCAGGACUUUGAAAGUGGAACACCCUGACAAAAUGGCUAAUGACCAAGGUCGUCAUGGAGAUGGAGGUUAUUGGCCAGUUGAUACUAACUUGAUUGAUAGAAGCACUCUCAAUGAACCGCCCAUCGGACAGAUGCACCCCCCACAUGGAAGUGUCACUCCUCAGAAGAACAGCAACCUGCUUGUGAUAACUGUGGUCACUGUCGGCAUCCUCACCGUGUUGGUCGUCGUGAUCGCAGCUGUGAUUUGUACCCGGCGCUCUUCAGCCCAGCAGAGGAAGAAACGGGCCACCCACAGUGUGAGCAAGAGGAAGGGCAGUCAAAAGGACCUCCGACCUCCUGACCUUUGGAUCCAUCACGAAGAAAUGGAAAUGAAAAACAUUGAGAAGCCUUCAGGAACUGACCCUGCAGGAAGGGACUCCCCCAUCCAGAGCUGCCAAGACCUCACACCAGUUAGCCACAGCCAGUCAGAAACCCAGAUGGGAAGCAAAAGCGCCUCACAUUCAGGGCAAGACACUGAGGAAGCAGGGAGUGCCAUGUCCACUCUGGAGAGGUCCCUUGCAGCACGCCGGGCAACCAGAGCAAAGCUAAUGAUUCCCAUGGAAGCCCAGUCCAACAAUCCUGCUGUCGUCAGUGCCAUUCCUGUGCCAACACUAGAAAGUGCCCAGUAUCCGGGAAUCCUCCCAUCUCCCACCUGUGGAUACCCGCAUCCGCAGUUCACUCUCCGGCCAGUACCAUUCCCAACACUGUCUGUGGAUCGAGGUUUUGGAACAGGAAGAAGUCAGUCUGUGAGUGAAGGACCGGCUGCUCAACAACAGCCCAUGCUGCCGCCAGCUCAGCCUGAACAUCCCAGCAGCGAAGAAGCACCCAGCAGAACGAUCCCCACAGCCUGUGUCCGACCAACUCAUCCGCUCCGCAGCUUUGCCAACCCUUUGCUACCUCCACCAAUGAGUGCAAUAGAACCAAAAGUCCCUUAUACACCACUUUUGUCUCAGCCGGGACCUACUCUGCCCAAGACUCAUGUUAAAACAGCCUCUCUUGGGCUGGCUGGAAAGGCAAGGUCCCCUUUGCUUCCCGUCUCUGUGCCAACAGCCCCUGAAGUGUCUGAGGAGAGUCACAAGCCAACAGAGGAUCCAGCCAGUGUGUAUGAACAGGACGACCUGAGUGAGCAAAUGGCAAGUCUGGAAGGGCUAAUGAAGCAACUUAACGCCAUCACAGGUUCAGCUUUUUAACACAUAUUGUCCAAGCAUUGAGGUUUUCCGGGAACUUUACAGCAUACCAAGUAUCCAUAAACAGCACACCCAUGUCCAAAAACUCUAACCAGUGUACAGGUCAACCGUCAGGACCACUCAGUUAAGAAACACCUGAAGCCGUUCAGAAGAAAUCAGCAUCCCAUCCUACAUGGACAUCAGGAACUGGACAAGGAUGGCCAUGAGGUCCCUAAGCUAAAGCAAAGAUGAGUCUUCACUGAGAAGUCAAGGCUGAAGUUUCUAGCAUAGUCCUGGGUCUUUGUCACUGCAGUGACCCUGGUGUCAUCACUGAUGACUUCAUUUUCUUUCAGUGAUAUCUUUCAGUUUUGGUGUAGGUCUAGUCUUACAAAAUACAAGUGCAUUAUUGCAGCCUGUACCAUACCAUAGCAAAUCAGAAAAAAAGAAAAAAAAAAAAAGAAACCAACACACUAUUUUUAUUUUCAACUUUAAACUACAAAGCAUCCAUGGUAAUCCCCUCAUUCCAUAGCACCAAAGGAUUGGCUGUUUUCCUUGGCACCAGAAAAAGUAAAUUAAGAGAAUGAGCAAAGGGCAAUGAGUGCUUGUUGAUAGUUCAAUCAUUCAUCUCACACAAGUGGCAGAUAUUAGUGAGUGCGUACAAAAUUUUUACCAAUUUGAGAAGUGUCUGUAAAUCUAUCCAUGAUUAACAUUUAUGCCCAAAGUGUAGAAACCUAAAAUUCCUCAACUGGUGGUAUCCUGCCAACAACGGUACCUUUCUAGAAGGAGAGUACAAUAUGCAAUCUUUUCAGACACAUGGUGAUUGUGUACUUAAGCUCAUGAUACGAUACUUUUCAACUUGAGUGGCUUCUGUGCCAUUCCACACUGUGAUGGCCUGUCUGAGUUUCACUAAGGCUUCUUCUUCAGGCAUUUGGCCAGAAGCAUUCUACAAUCCUCCACCCAUCAUCCCUCUAUUUCCCCUGGGCAAGGGGAAAAUGGCCAACUCCAUGCAUCCUAUAUCCUGUGUCCCCAAUAUCCCUCUGUGGAGAUAGUAGACUUCCUGAGAGCAAGCUCAAAAGAAGGAAAAGGAGCAUGAAAAACCAUUUCCAAUAGCAUCUUUUCUUGAGUGAUGUCACUUCCAGCUAUAGCAUCUUCACUGAUCUGAGCGAGGCAACAUUGACGGAUGUUUACUACAAGCUCUGUUGGAAGGGAAACCUUCUAUAUCAUGCCUAAGACAGAGUCAGGGAGGGGAGAAGGGGUGGGUACCACUUGACAUCUGACACAUCAUAACUCCUGUAGGUAUUUUUCAAAGCAGCAUCUUAAACUGUGGACUAGAAUUUUAAACUCUUGCCAUGUUAUCUACAGCUUGAAACUAGCAGAAAUCGAGAACAUUCUGAGCAUUUCCUUUUAGUUUGAGAAUUUUCAGCUGUAUUUGGAGUUAAUCCCUAUUUAUGCAGCUGAGUCGCCAAAAGGGAGCUAGUUUGCAUACUUAUCAGUUAGGUGACUUGAAAACCCAAUGAGAGUUCCAGCUGAAUUAUUCCUUUCAGCUCUGCCUUUGAUUUCAAGCUUGAGUAGGUCAUAAUUUUAAAAGAGCAUGGCAAGGAUAGGAUCUUUACAACCUAAUAGCUCCUUUUAUUAGGUGGGUAAUUAUAUAUGAAUCCCUGAAUGAAAUAUUUUGAGCAAAAUGGCACUGUAACAGAAAUAAUAAUUCAGAUUAUUUUUUUACAGUUUUAUGUCGGGAAGGAAAUCUGAUGUCAAAGAGAGGGCUUGUUCAAAUGGUUCAUUAGAAAGUCUGGUCCAUUUGCAAAAUGCUUCCUUCAACAAGAGUGCUUGCUCAAUUUGCUGAGAUUUUUCUGGAAGUACUUUCGAAGAACUGUGUGUUGUUAUUUAAUGGGACAGAAUGCUUUUGUUCACUAUCUGGGCACUUAACUAGACAACUCUCGACUGACCUGAAAUAAAGCAUUUCUUAACAUAACAUCGAGUAUUUAAAAAAAAAAAAAACCAUGAUUGCCAACUGUAAAAUGUAAUUUAGUAAGCUAGCGUAACUUUCUCAAAAUCCUAGAAUAAGCUCCCUUUCUAGUUUCCACAAAGAGGAACCACUUUUUGGAGGCAUUUGAUACCCAUGAGAGUAAUCUCAAGAUUCAGUGUGGGGUUGCUACAAACCUCAGAUUUCAGGGAAUGAGAUAUAAUGGAAUGUUACUCUGUAAAAUCUAUUUGAACAGUCAAAACAACUAGAAUUUUCAGAAAAUUCUAGGCCUUUAUGAUCAGUCAACACUUUCAGAAAAAAUGUAUUGAAAAUGUGUUAUCCAUUCUCAGGGGAGUCACAUUUCUGCCUUGUGCCCUUGAAAAUUCCAGUAAAUUAUUAUAAUAAUUUUAACACUUAAUGAUUCUAAUAAAGUCGUAUUGUCAUGCCCUGUAUAUACAGUGGAACCUAUUUAUACAUACCCAGGAGAUGGUAAAUUAACCUCGUGAAUUUAAUGCACAAUUAGUCUAACAUGGAUUCUUCAGAACUCUUGUUCCCAUCUCCAUUCCAGUGAUUCAUAUGUGUACCAAAAAACUUGCCCAGGUUUCCAGGUGACAGUUAAAUUCCCUGGCCUUUUUUGACAAGAAAGACUCUGUGUCUGGUGUGAGGCAGUUUGGUUUGAUUCCUUCUGAGUCAGGUGCAUGGGAUGAAGGACCCUUUAAAUUUAUAAAUCUCUUUGACUCCUGUAAAGGAAAGCUAAACAUACAGCCGGCAACUCUGCCACCAGGAAUCAAUUCUCUGUGAAGAGGAAGAAAAUCAAACUUGGCAGGAGGACUCAGGUUUCCAUACACUAUGCUGAGAUGCAAACCAAGAGCCUGCCCUGGAAGAACUUUGCUAUUUAUUUUUUCUAUUUCAUUUUGAUAAGAAAACUAUUUUUAUUCCUCAAGAAAUUUCUGCAUUUGUUUAAACUAGCAAAAGGGAAGAUAGUUCAAAGUAUACACAAAACCAUUUGAGUAAUGCCCUAGUCAAAAGUUAAGUAUUUCUUACUGAUUUAUAUUCAAUGGGAAACUGGUUCUAGCUGCCUCCAUAUAAUAGGUGCAUUGUCUUCUAGAAUAUUUAAACAAUACAGCUUUAUCUUUGGCUAUUAUUAAAUGCAUACUCAGAUGAAUGACCCAGAAAUAAAGAAGACAAGUUAAUGAUAUAAGCAGACUCAUUUUCUUCUGGGGAUUGGAUGAAAUAAUAGUUUGGGUUUUUUCAAAAUAAAGGUUGUUGAAAAUGAGGAACUUGCUUCAUGCUCUGUGAAGGUGGCAUUUACAAAAGGAGAAUCCAGACAGCAUUUUAAAGCUAAAGCUUGCCAUUUACUGCCUUUCCCAGUAAACAACCUCCCCAGCACAGGUCUUUCUGAGACCGCUGCCCCUGCUGUCUCCCCCAGAGUUUGCGCUAUGAGAUGAUGGUUUGUACUUUCCUCUCCUCUGGAUCCUUCUCCAGACUUGUUCAAAUAAGCAUCCUAAAGCCACUCACCAGUGGAACACAGUGUCUCAGACAUGGUACAUCCAGUAAAGAGGCCGCCUGACAUUUCACAUAAAUUCUUAUCUGAAGUUCAGAGUUCUAGUGGGUUUGGAAUGCUCAUUUCUAGUAAGUGAGACAAAGAAAAAUGCAAAACCCCCAAGUCUUGGAUGAACUUAAAGAAAAUAAAAGUAACAAGAAUUUUAUAAAGAUGAAGAGCACCAGUAUCGAAAACAUACAGUCUCCCUUUUUUUUCCUAGUUCUCUUUAUGCAAUCACAGUCCAUCCCCAAGGUCAAAAUUUAGUAUCAUGGUCUGGUAUAUCUGGGUAUGCAAGCUUAACAUGAUUUGAGGACUACAGAGUCCUAGGGCACUAUGGAUCUGUAGCACUCACCACACACUCAAAAGAAGCAAUUUUCUCUUCAUAAGUUAUAUUUAUCUACUGACUUUCAAAAAUCAUUUUAAUGUUCAGAAAAGCUUUGUUCUAUAGGUUUAUACCCCAUCCAACUGUAAUGCAUGUCCUCAUGCCUCCGUGUCCUUUGUUAAUGAAAUAACUGCUUCCAGAAAGAUCUGAUUAGCAAAAAAGAAAUGCUUUAUUUCUUGUCAGUGAGGUUUUAUAAGUAACAAUAAUGUGCCCAUGUAGGCAAAAGAGUAUAAGUUCUGAUCUGGCCCACCCCUUCUGUCGUUAUAGCUUUUCACGGGAAGACUUCCAGCAACACUCGGAAGGGUGUUUUUCUCUUGCUCUCAGCUUUGUGCAUUACCAUCUUAUGAUUUUGUUCUUGAUGAUGUUGAUAGGAGAGAAACAGCAAAACUAUACAAGCAAUCAUAAAUACAGAGGCAUGGGCCAAGGGAUCUCACUGUGUGUUCGAUGUGUAUUUUCAGAUGCAAGGAAGGAAUGUUGGAGAGGAGGAAAAAGGGUUUUUUAUUAUUGUAGGGUAAACCUGACAAUUCUGAACUUUGUGGAUUGUCAGCUUGUUUGGGGGAAGGGUGGGUGGGUAUGAGGGGUACUUUUUAUAAGUAAUAUUUAAUUUAUUAUUUAGAAGUGGCUUCUUUUUGGAUAAUUUAUGAUACAAAGGGAGAUAUGGUUGGGAUCUAGGCAUGGCUGUUAAAGCUGCAGUGUUUUGUAUCUUAGAGGGACCUCUUUAGAAAUGGCUGUCCACUGUCGAGCAUGAGGAAAUAUCCAGGCCAGGCAAAGCCUUCACUGAAGCUCCACCACUACCACCUUCUCCCUUUCUAGGACUUAAAAGAAGGUAACACCAAACCGAAAAUAACUCGUUAGCAUUUUGCAGAACAGUGCAAUUUCUUCUCUCAAAGGGCUUUGCAACUCAAAUUGUUAGUGUGAUAGUGAUAUGUUGAUUUGGUAGAAAUGAGUACACUGCAGCUUUAACUAGCCUUAGUGGAAGAAAAAAGAACCAUUUGUUGUUACAAAACGCCUUUUAAUCGAAAGGGGUUUUGAGCCUACAGAGGGUUUCUUGGAAUUGUCAGCCUCUAGCGUUGUUAACCAAAUUAGAGUAGUGAUUGCAAUAUUUAAGUGUAAAUGUUGUUCUAUGAGAAAGGAAGCUUGCUUACGGUUUAAAAACGAUGACUGUUUCUACACAUGAACUUGUAUACUACUACAUGAGGAAAAGGGGGUUUUGUAAUCACUGUAGGACAGUCUCAUAUUCAUUUUUUAUAGAAAUGUUAUUCCAAUGGUGCAUUUUUUGUUUAAUAAAUAAA